CUCUGAGGGAGAUCAAGAGUUUGAAUGUAGUUUAGGUAAUUAUCAAUCCAGAGGACUGUUGAGAUGGGUGAAUGAGAGGAAAGGCAAGCUCCUGAGGACAGGUUCUUGAAGAGACGUAACACUGAGAAGGGAGACCCCACGGACACUGAGGAGAAAGAAGGACUGCCCUACUAUGCAGUGGCUGAAGAGUUUCCAGAUCUUCAAAGUCUUACAGGGCUUCUCCCUUAGCCCCACCCAGCUGUACAGACGGUUGUUUUCAAGAGUUAGAGCUCCAAGAUGGAAUGACCAUGAUUCACCUGAGGAGUUUAACUUUGCAAGUGACGUCCUGGACUAUUGGGCUCAAAUGGAGGAGGAGGGCAAGAGAGGACCAAAUCCAGCCUUUUGGUGGGUGAAUGGCCAAGGAGAUGAAAUAAAGUGGAGCUUCAGGGAGCUGAGGGACCUCACCUGUCGCACUGCCAACGUCUUUGAGCAGAUCUGUGGCCUGCAACAAGGAGACCGCCUGGCCUUGAUUCUGCCCCGAGUGCCCGAGUGGUGGCUGGUGACAGUGGGCUGCAUUAGAACAGGGAUCAUCUUCAUUCCUGGGACUACCCAACUGAAAGCCAAGGACAUUCUCUACCGAAUACAAAUGUCUCAAGCCAAAGCCAUUGUGACCACAGCUAGCCUUAUCCCAGAGAUGGAAUCUGUGGCUUCUGAGUGUCCUGAUCUGAAAACCAAGCUGGUGGUGUCUGAUCAUAGCCAUGAAGGGUGGCUUGACUUCUGGUCCCUGAUUAAAUCAGCAUCACCAGACCAUACUUGUAUUAAGUCAAAGAUGAAGGAUCCCAUGGUCAUCUUCUUCACCAGUGGGACCACAGGUUACCCCAAGAUGGCAAAACACAACCAGGGACUUGCCUUCCGGUCGUGCAUCCCUUCGUGCAGAAAAAUAUUGAAGCUGAAGACAUCUGACACCUUGUGGUGCAUGUCAGACCCAGGAUGGAUUAUGGCUACCUUGGGGUGCCUGAUCGAGCCAUGGACAUCAGGAUCUACACUCUUCAUCCACCACCUCCCUCAAUUCGACCCCAAAGUCAUUGUAGAGGUACUGUUCAAAUACCCCAUCACUCAGUGCCUUGCUGCCCCAGGCGUGUAUCGAAUGAUUCUUCAGCAGAAAAUCUCCAACCUCAGGUUCCCCACUCUGGAGCAUUGCACUAGUGGUGGGGAGAGCCUGCUGCCUGAGGAAUAUGAGCAGUGGAAGAAAAGGACAGGUCUUCCCAUCCACGAGAUCUAUGGACAGUCAGAAACGGGGAUCAGCAGUGCCACUCUCCGGGAAAUGAAGAUCAAGCAAGGCUCCAUAGGGAAGGCCGUUUUACCCUUUGACAUGCAGAUCAUCGAUAAAAAGGGCAACAUCCUCCCACCCAACACUGAAGGAUACAUUGGCAUCAGGAUCAAGCCCACCAGGCCUCUAGGCCUCUUCAUGGAAUAUGAGAAUAGCCCAGAGAACACAUCUGAAGUAGAGUGUGGGGACUUUUACAAUACUGGGGAUAGAGCAACCAUUGAUGAAGACGGCUACAUCUGGUUCUUGGGAAGGGGCGAUGAUGUCAUCAAUGCUUCCGGGUACCGCAUCGGGCCUGCAGAGGUGGAGAACGCCUUGGUGGAACACCCAGCAGUGGCAGAGUCUGCUGUGGUGAGCAGCCCUGACAAGGAUCGAGGAGAGGUGGUGAAGGCGUUUAUUGUCCUCAACCCAGAGUUCCUGUCACAUGACCAGGGACAGCUUAUCAAAGAGCUACAGCAUCAUGUGAAGUCAGUGACGGCGCCAUACAAGUACCCCAGGAAGGUGGAGUUUGUUUCAGAAUUGCCCAAAACUGUCACGGGCAAAAUCAAAAGGAAGGAACUUCGAAACAAGGAGUUUGGUCAGCUAUGAACAGCAAUCAGUGCAGAGCAUGCUGUGACCUGAAUCCUUGGCUGUUGGUGGUGGGGUGGGGUGGAAUGAGGACGGAAUGCAGGAAGGGUAAGUGUGGAAGAGAAAACCAAGACCCAACAUUUUUGCUUUUUUCAAACUCAAUUACUCCCCUUCCUGGAUGGCCACAGUACAUUUUCAGACUGUUUGUGGGCAAUAAAAAUACUGACUUGAAUAGCA